AUGGGAAAUAGGUACACUGUGAGGUCCUUUGGCAUCAAGAGAAAUGAAAAGAUUGCUGUUCAUUGUACUGUCCGUGGAGCCAAGGCAGAAGAAAUUCUGGAGAAAGGCCUGAAGGUGCGGGAGUAUGAGAUGUGGAAAAAUAACUUCUCGGAUACUGGGAACUUUGGCUUUGGUAUUCAAGAACACAUUGACCUGGGCAUCAAAUAUGACCCAAGCAUUGGGAUCUAUGGGCUGGACUUCUACGUGGUGCUGGGCAGGCCAGGUUUCAGCAUUGCAGACAAGAAGCGCAGGACAGGCUGGAUUGGGGCCAAACACAGAAUCAGCAAAGAGGAAGUCAUGCACUGGUUCCAGCAGAAGUACAAUGGGAUCAUCCUUCCUGGCAAAUAA